GGAUAGGAGAGAGAGAGAGAGGGUGCGAGCGAGAGCAAGCAACACGACUAAUCCGCAUCGUCGCCAGCCAAAGAUGGUGGAGUAGCAAAAGCAAGAGAGAGAGAGAAGAGUCAAGCGCUGCCCUCUGCGUCGUCGGGAGAAGAUGGGAAAUGAGCUGAGCGGCGAGGGAGAGGCCAUGCCGGGGGCAGCCGCUGCAGCAGCAGCAGCAGCGGGAGGAGCAACAACAGCAGCGGGGCCGGGUGCUGGCCCGCUCCUGCAGGGCGGUGCCCCGUCUGCUGGAGGCCGAGCACAAGCGACAACCUCCGUCGCGUCCUCCGCCUUCCCCCCGGCCUCUGCCUCCCCCUCGUCCGGGCAGAGGGCGUCCGCUGCUGGGCCCGGAGACCCAUCGCUCUACCGAAAACCUGAUGCUUCACAAGGAGACUACAGUUUACAAGGAGACCCAGUGCGGGCUAGGCAAGAAGGUUUUCAAGGAGACCAAGGCCGGGCUAGGCAAGAAGGCUUUCAAGGUGACCAAGGCAGAGCUAGGCAAGAAGGCUUUCAAGGUGACCAAGGCCGGGCUAGGCAAGAAGGCUUUCAAGGUGACCAAGGCAGAGCUAGGCAAGAAGGCUUUCCAGGUGACCAAGGCCGGGCUAGGCAAGAAGGUUUUCAAGGAGACCAAGGCCGGGCUAGGCAAGAAGGCUUUCAAGGUGACCAAGGCCGGGCUAGGCAAGAAGGCUUUCAAGGUGACCAAGGCCGGGCUAGGCAAGAAGGUUUUCAAGGUGACCAAGGCCGGGCUAGGCAAGAAGGCUUUCAAGGUGACCAAGGUCGAGUCGGCCAAGGGGAAGGUUUCCAAGGAGACCAAGGCCGAUCUAGGCAAGGGGAAGUAUUUCAAGGAGAUGCAGGCAGGAGUAGACAAGGGGAGGGCCUACAGGGGGAUGGUGCCGAACGGGGUCGGCACCAAAACCGGGAGCGCCGCUCCUCUCGUGCGAGGCAGGGGGAGUCCGGGGAGGUGUCUGGUGGGGAGGCGCAGGGAGGUAGGGCUCAUCGGAGCCGUAACCUGCAGAGGCAGCCAUCCUCUGCAUCUGAUCACCACCACAGCGGGGGCAGCAGUGGUGGAGGGGAGGCAGAACGUGGGUCUAAGCGGGGAUCCCAUCGCGACUCCACUGGGGUGCAAAGGCAGGGCUCGGCGCGUGGGCAGGAGGCCACAGGAACCCGUUCAGAGCAGCGGGGUCGAGGUGUCGGGGCGGCCGCUACCGCCGCCCCCGCCUCCGCCGAAGGCCAGGAGAAGAGGUCUCGGCCUAAAAGCGUCCACGGCACGUCCACCCGAGGUUCGGCAGCCCCGCCAAAAGUAACGAUGUGCCCCCUUUGCAACACCUCGGCCCUGAACCUGAACUCGGCUGAUCCACCCAACUACAGCAGCUGCACGGAGUGCCGAGCCACGGUGUGCAAGCAGUGCGGAUUCAAUCCCAACCCACACCUGUCACAGGUCGAGUGGCUGUGCCUCAACUGCCAGAUGCAGAGGGCUCUCGGAGCGAAGCCGACUGCUGCCCGCGAACCUCUGCCGCACGCUCCGGGCCAGCCCAGCGCCGUCCCCGAGUCGCGCAAACAGCCGAGCGAGACGGACGCACACGCGCAGCACCGGCCCCAGUCCCAGCCGCAACCCCAGUCCCAGCCGCAACCCCAGCCCCAGCCACAACACCAGCCCCAGCAUCAGCCACAACACCAGCCCCAGCCACAACCCCAGCCCCAGCACCAGCCACAACACCAGCCCCAGCACCACAGCGUCGCUCAGCAAAAGCGGCAGCCGCACGCCACUCCUGUGGAUAAGCCGGCGACGCUCCCCGCCGUGAGCAGGGCCGACGUUGAGCCGCAGGUGGAUUUGAAGGCUGCGCCAUCACCCAGAAAGCAGCCACUCGGCGCUCCGCCCGGCCCCGGGGUCCACGAUGUGGCUCGGGAACUACCGCACGACCGUGCUCCUCAGCAAGUGCAACAGCAGCAACAACAGCAGCAACAACAGCAGCAGUUGAAUCAACAGCAGAAGCAGCAGCAUCAACAGCAGCAGGAUAGGAAAUCCUCCUUCUCCCCGCAUCCUACAGAUCCGAGGCAGCCACCCGAAACCAAGGCAACGGCAGCACCAUCGGCACCAUCGGCAUCAGCGGCACCAUCGUCGUCAUCAUCCGAAGCCGGUGUGGCGGGAAAGCUGUUCGGCUUUGGGGCCAAUCUGUUCAGCCAGGCGACCACCAUCAUGGGCGCCGUCAACGCUCCGGGCUCUCAGCCCUCCAGCCGCCCGGGGUCCCAGCCGCCCAGCCAGCAGGGCUCACCGCUGCGGAGGCCCGCGACACCCGCGGAUCCCAGGCAGGUGGCGGCGGACGAAGCGCGUGGCGCUCAUCCGGCCUCGGCAGCUGCUGCGGCGUUGGGUCAGCUGUCGGACUUGCAGCAGAAACAGCAGCAGCAGAAACCGCAGCAGCAGCAGCAGGCAGUGCCAGAUGUUUCGGGGCAGCGGCUACAAGGCCGGAAUACAGAUGCGAGGGGCAGGGUGGAUGAGAUGGGGCGGCAGGGAGCGGUGGUUUCGGGGACGCCUGCCGCUGCUGCCACUGCUGCCGUGGUCGCUGCCCCUGCACCAGCCAAGCCCAAGGUCACGUGUCCUCUCUGCGGAGAGGAGCUCAACGUCGGCGGGCAGGAGCCGGCGAACUACAGCGCCUGCACGGGGUGCCGAGCGCAGGUCUGCAACCUCUGCGGCUUCAACCCCUGCCCGCAUUUGCCAGAGAAGAAGGAAUGGCUCUGCCUGACGUGCAACACGGAGAGGCUUAUGGCGGGGCAGUUGGGAGAUCUGGAUACCCCUGGUCUCCCUCUGCAACAGCAGCCCGCAUCUCACCCCACCAAGUCCGUGCCGCCAUCUCCCCAGAAACAGCCACCCUCCUCAUCGGCAUCGCCAUCCUCGUCUCCGUUCAAGUCGCCGGCCAAGCAACCGUCUGCUCAAAGCCAAGGGCUGCAGCAGCAGCAGCAGAAGCAGCAGCAAAACGAACGACCAUAUGCAACUGUGACAUCGGCUGCAGCAGCAGCAGGAUCUGGGAUGUCGGUGGUGGAACCCAACGUACAGCUGCCAGCAUCGUCUCUGCUGCUGUCAGAUGGUUUGCAUCAUCAGCCAGGUGGAGGUGGUGCGAUGGAUGUUAAGUCGGGGCUGGCUGUGGCUCAGAAGAUGGACAUGCAGCAACAGCAACAGCAGCCUGGCUUGGGAAUGGCGGCGAGUCAGAAGCAGCUCGAUAGCCAGGUAAAAGAUGUGCCGGCUGAUAAGAAGAAACAGGCGGGCAAACGGUCUGCGGUCACAUCGGACAAAGACAACAAAAAUCUCCUGCAGAAGCCAAAGGCCAACAACAAGGGGCAGGACAAGACGAGGCAGGGCCAGAGCCUGCAGGGCAGAGACAGGCGGCAGAGGCCUCGCUCUCUCUCCAUCACGCCGGAGUCGUACAGCUCGGGCGAGGAGGACGCGCGAGACAUGAAGGAGGUGGACGAGGGCGUGAUGGACAUGGACAGCACGUUGAGGAGCCACUCGGACGCCAGCCGCCGCGAGAGCCUGGACUCCCUGGAUGAGGAGCUGGCGAGGAUCCAGCGGCACGACAUGGUGGAGGACAGCAGCGAGAGCACGCCAUCGCCCCUGCCGUACGGCAAGGGCUUCGUGACAACGACGGCGGCGACAACGACGGCAGCGUCGACGGCAACGUCCGCAGAGGGGGUGGCGGCAGCGACAAUGGCGACGGGAGCAGCAAAAGGCCAGGCCGGCCAGCAGGCCCGAGGUAAGGAGCCGGUGCAGCCCGAGGACGAGGACGAGGACUUCAUCCGCAGACAGCUUCUGGAGAUGAGCGCCGACGAGGGAGGCUCCGCGUCCGAGGAGGAAGAGGAGGAGGAGGACGAUGACGAUGUGAAAGGGCGGUCAGCGGGUGAGAGUGGAGAGAAAGCAUACAAGAAGAAAGACGCGGAGAAGGGGAACGAAGCAAAGUUUGGACAGUAUCAGGAUACAGGUGGUUUGGGCUUAGCUGGGAGCCCCGGUGAUGAUGUGUUUUUCGACAAAGAGCCAGAGCUGGAGAUGGAAAGUUUGACGGACACGGCGGAGGACCGGUCUCAGGGCGACGGCUCGUCGAGCUACCCGGCGGCUUCGAGCAUGACACCAGGCAGUGGGACGUCACCCUCUGUGUCCUCUCUGGAGGAGGACAGCGACGGCAGCCCCAGCCGCAGGCGCAAACCCGAAGAGGUGAAGAAGCAGCGGAAACCCAAACACCACUCGCACGGCCCACAGCUGCCGACCAUCGAAGACUCGUCGGAAGAAGACGAGCUGCGGGAGGAGGAGGAGCUCCUCAAGGAGCAGGAGAAGCUGCGGGAGCAGGAGCUACAGCAGCGGAAGAACCUGGGCCGCAAGUCAAAGCGCGACAAGGAGGAGCUGAGGGCGCAGAGGAGGCGGCGCUCCAGGGCAUCUCCCAGCAACCUUUCUCCGAUUGAGGAUGCAUCGCCUACCGAGGAGCUGAGGCAGGCGGCUGAGAUGGAGGAGCUGCACCGCUCCUCAUGCUCUGAGUACUCGCCCAGCAUUGAGUCCGAGCCGGAGGGCUUCGAGGUUUACACGGAGAAGCUCUACAAACUGCAACAGGAGUUCAACAUGCUCACAGCUCAGUCCCUGAGCAAUGUGAGCGGCCAGGACGGGAAAGAGCCUGGCAGGCUUCAACGAGAGGACACAUCGGACAAGCUCCUGCGCAGCGCCGAAGAGGUCUAUGAGGAGAUGAUGAGGAAGGCCCGGCUUCUGCAGAGCCAGCAUUCGGGCCACCAGGAGUUUAUGCAAGUCAUGGACAACAGCCAGUGCGACGAUCCGUCGCAGCAGACCGACCUGGCCGACAGUGGUCAGGACUCGCUCUACAGCAUGGACGAGGACAUGGAGAGGGGAUCUCACGGGUGGCAGUCGGUGGGGCCAUCCAAGAGCUCCAAUGAGAUAUACGACGAGAUCUCCCAGCGUCUACAGGAGCUGCAGCAGAACAACCGGUCAUACAGCACAACGUCGCUUAAGCUGGAGCUGCGCAGCAAAGAAGAAAUUGACAGCGGCAACAUCUCGGCGAGUUACUCGGACACCGCCCUGGUGUCUAAGCAGGACAAGAAGCUGCUGGAUGCGGACGCUGCUUACGACGAGCUCAUGAAGAGGCACCAAGAGAUGCUCACUCCAGGGACGAGCCCCACGCAGCCGUCCUCCCCGAUGACUCCGCCUCACCAAAUAGAGCACACAGCAAUCUGUUUUCCCACACAGAUUAUUUACAACAACCAGAGUGUGCCGGCCGUUCAGAUCACACAGCACUUCUCGACAGAUGAUGACGGUGCUGCAGGUCCGGCGGCCGUGGCGGCGGCGAUGAAUCAACCGGGCAGAGCAGCCACGUCUGCUUCGGGGUCAUCGUCAUCGUCGUACGUGGGGCCUUCUCAGAGCUUGUCUGGUGCGAUGACAAAACAAACAUCUGUGGAUUCUGCAACGGCGCAAGGCUCAGCGCCGUCGUCGACGCAGACCGCCGGAGGGGUUCCGGCGACGAAGGCUUCAGCGUCAGUCACGCCCUCCGCACGCCUCACCAGGCAGCAGAGCCUGCAGGGUAAACAGAGCGGGUUUGCAGCUGACGCUAAGAAACAAGGAGUGUCAUCGCUGCAGCGAUCCAGCUCCGUCACGUCCGAUGCUUACGAGUCGACUUCUCGUGCUGCGGCAGGAUCCGGAAAUCUGAUGCAGCAAGGUCAGAGGGGUAGUGGCGGCGCCAGGCAAGGAGGGCAUUCCAGCUGUGGACCGGGCACUUCUGUCAAAAAUGCCGGCAUCUCGAUGGUGAACAGAACAUCGCAGACGGGCAUUGGCCCCAGCGCCAACAUGAAACACGCGCAGACGAGCACAACUCCCGUCGGCACCAGCGUCAUGGAUCUGAGAUCUUCCACGAUGCUCGCCAAGCACGUUAUGACCGACGGUGGGAUGGAUUUAACUUCUUUCGGUGGGGAAGGGAGGCGGUAUUCCCUCCCGAGCGAGGACUCCAUCAGGCACGUCGUCUCGUCGGGCGUAAUGAAUCUGAGCGCCGUCAGCUCGGAUCAGCCGCAGCCAGUCACCGUGUUCAACCCGGCCACUCACACUUCCGGAGCUUACAACGCCGUGUCGCAGCCCCCGCCAUACCAGCCGGGCGACGGCACGGUGCACAAGCCGCUCGACCUGGUGUCUAGCUGCCCCUCUCGCAGCUCGGUCGCGGUGGACGCGACGCGAGCACCACCCAAGUCAAUGACUGCCACCGCUGUCCAGACAGACAACGAUGACGAUGAGGAGGAGGACGAGGAGGAGGAGGCCGUCCAGACUCCACAGCGGCGCAUCCGGCGCUCCAUCUCGCACGGGGAAGGCCACCACCACCACCACUGCGGCGGUGGUAGUGCGAAGCCACACGACACGGUCGUUACCAUGGACGAUUCAGUGAACCGGGCCGUGACGAGGCUCGCGAGCAGGGACGUGGCCACGGACCCCGUGGACCUGACCGGCGGCCGGGAGGAGAGGCGUGCCGUGUGCUGCGACGUCGUCUACAAGUUUCCUUUCAUGAAGUCGGCCAAGAAGGAGAGGUCAUCUCCGGGCGUUCCCAUUACGCCUCCGCCCCAUCACCGGUUCGACCCAACCCACUACUACUACCCAGAGAUUCCACCAUCGCCGAUGAAUCCCAACUUCGUGCUGAGCCCGAUGAAGUCGUCGUUUUCGGACACAAACCUCGCUGACAUAGGGAUGUUCUCCUACCGUAGUAGGAACAACGCGGAGUUCGAUGGCAAUGGAUCCGUGGUCGACCUGACAUCCAGAAAAGGGAUGCAACGGAAGCCCGAAGGAGGCGACUUGAGAUACGACAGUAUGUAUGGGUCAUCAUCGGACCUCCGGUGGAACCAGGAGGAGCAGGACUACUACAUGAGGCCCAUGAGACGUUACAACUCUGACCUCAACAUAUCAAAGCUGGACCCAGAGUUUGACUACUACGGCAGAAAUCUGUACAACGUGAGGCAGGCCAAUGCGGGCUCCUGGCAGUCCACCGCAGACACGAUCAGGGAAAUCAACAAACUGUGCUCUGAGCUCAAUGCCCUGCAGCAGGAGUGGACGGCAUACAGCGACCAGAGAGAAACUGUGCAGUUCGGCAUGAGCCAGGCCAGCGCCAUGCCCACGUUCGCCUCUCGCCCCCAGCAAAACGUGCCCAUGGGCAUGAAGGUCAAUCAGCCAUUCACCGGUCAACUGAGCCAAAUGAUGCCGAGACCUCAGCUGGGACAAUUGCCAUACACACUGCACGGCCAGUCGCUGCAUGGCCAGUAUUCGGACUCGGUCAGUAAGCAGCUGGGCCUCUCGGGCUCGUUCAGGACGCCCGGCGGACUGCUGUACUCGACCAUCACGACGCCAAUCUUGUCCACACUACCCAUCACCACGCAACCAUCCUCCAUCAUGCCGUCGCCCUACAAGGACAACUAUAGGCCCACCACGUUCACGCCGGCGCCGCUGGGGCCACUAAACCCGCGCUACCCGCUCAACCGCUUCCCGGCGCCCGCAUAUCCGAGGCCAGUGGGGAUGCCGAUGCCUCGACAGGUGCUGCCGCCGCUGGCGUACCCCGUGAGGGUCACGCAGGCCGAGCGGCCCGUGGGCAGCGUCACCAGGAUGGAGUCGGCGCCCCUCAUCAACAAAGCUGGCGCCGUGGCGCAGAUGAGGCCCCCGCAGCCGGCCGCCACCGUGCCGCCUCAGUUCCACCAGGGCAGCACGAUGAGUGGCAGCCUCAGCUACUCGCAGCCAGCAGACAAGCCGCAGGCAGGUCAGCAAGUGGCAUCCUACACGUACCAGAUGGUGGGCGAGCAGGCAGCGGCCUUCACGAAGCAGCAGGUGCAGCCCAUCCCUCUUAUCAAGGGGGUGGCCGUGACGGCACACCAGCCCGUCACGUCGGUGGUGCCCGUGAUGCACAUGGGCAUCUCCGACCCCGGCCUCAACUUGACUGUGGUGGCUGAGAAGGCGAAGCCGCCAGCGUCCGAGCGUGGGGAGCAGGCGAUGACCGUCCACGCCGCGGCGCCUUCGAUCCCGGCGGUGCCACAAGUGGCAAAGGUGGACGAGGGGAAUACGUGGAAGGAGAGUGAGGAGGUUAAAGUGGUGGCGCGGAAUGUGGAGGAGGAGGGGGAGAGGCGGCUGAGGGAGGAAGAAGCGAGGAAGAAGGUGGAGGAUGAGGAGCGGAGAAAGAGGGAGCAAGAGUUUCAAAGGAUGCGGGAAAUCGAAGAGGCACGGAGGAGGAACGAGGAAGAACAGAGGCGGCUGCGGGAAGCGGAAGAAGCGCGGCGGAGGGAGCAGGAGCAGAUUCAGAAGAAGCACAUGGAGCAGCAGCUGCUGAUCCAGCAAGAGAUCCUAGAGAUCGAGAAGCUCAAGCAGAAGAGGAUCCACGAGGAGCUUGAGCGGGACCGCUUGGAGAUGAAGCAGCGCCUCGAUCAGGAGAAGAGGCUCAUGGAGCAGGAGCUGCAGGACUUGCAGAAGAUGAAGCAGCACAUCUUCCAGCAGCAGCAGGAGGAGCGGCAGGCGCAGAUGUCACUGCAGCAGGAGCAGAUGGCUCAGCAGCGGAUGCAGAUAGAGAAGAUCCAGCAGCUACAGCAGCAGCUUCAGCAGCAGCUGCAGGAGCAGAAGGUCAGACAGGUCGGCCCUGUGACGUUCGCUCAUGACCCGGCGGCCGGAAGGUGGACACCGCAGAUGGUCCAGGAGAUGGAAGCUCAGGGCAUCGCGAGCAGCCACUAUUGGCAUGGAGCUCCCCACGCAAUGACGUCCGAAAAAGAGAAGGCCGCCAGAGGCCAGGGAGAGGGAAUCCCUCAUCAGCAACACCCACGUCACCCCAUGGCCAUGUCAACGUCGGACGCGCCAAUCAAGGACGGCGGUUACAGGGGCAGGAAGGUGGUGCGACGGCGGAGUUCCAUUUCGGGGCCGAGGGUCUCCUAUGAUGAGGACGAUGACGACAGGGACGUGGGCACGCCGUCCUCGUUCAGGGGGGUGAGGAGGUCCAAGAUGGACAGCGGGGUGCAGACAGAUGAAGAGGAUGCGGAGCGCUGCUUCGAGGGCCGCCGGAGGAGGGCUCGCCGGAGCGUCGACUGCGGCGUGCAGACCGAUGACGAGGAGGACAACUGCGGCGACGACUGGAGCCAUCCGUCACGGCGCAGGAGGCCGAGGUCAGCUAGGUGUGGGGACGCCUGCGUGGAGCUUGACAAGUGCAGGCCCGCAUCCAAGUCGAUGUCCAGCAUCGCCGUGCAGACCAUCGCGCACCGCUCCGCGCAGACCGAGCCGGAAGAUAUUGCCAAGUGCCCGGUGGUCGCCUUCCCCACGCUGUCCCGCACAGAGAUUGUGCAUCACAUCUCGGCGCCCGAGCGUGGCACCAAGGGCGGCAGCCUGGCCUGCCAGACCGACUUGGAGGCCUGCAUGCCGUUUGCACAGCAGCAGCAAGCCGCAGGCCAGAGUGUCUACUCGAAGGGCUGCUCAUACUCGACAGUAACGCAGCAGCAGCAGCAGGCAUCCGCGUCCUCGGUCUACAGGAAGCGACCAGCCCCGCUCGAGAUCGCGUACGGAGCUGGGCAGCAGCCGCCCGACUCGUCCGGGCACCAGCAGACCUCGCCCAAAUCUCCCAAGGUGCUGUACUCGCCCGUCUCCCCCAUCGGACAGAGCAAGCCGGCGCCAUCGCCAUUUGGCUCCUACGACAAGCAGCACAGGGCGGCGCACGUCUCCCCGCAGAAGCACGCGACGACGACGGUGGCCGCGUCAGUGUCCUCCUUGCAGUCUGCGGCCACCCCCCGCGUGGUCGUCCACCACUGCUCUGCCGACACCAAACCGCUGGAGAGCAGUGGGGCCUACCAGAGCUCCGGCCAGCAGGACAAAACUCAGCAGAGCCCUUCGUUGGCACGGAAGGUGAAGAGGACGCUGCCCAACCCGCCGCCCGAGGAGGCCGUCCCCACGUCUGCCCAGCUCCUGGCCUCAAUGGGGCGUAGCCUGUCGGGCCAGAUCACGCCCAUGCAACGCGACAAGCUGCUCAAGGAGAUCAACAAGGAGCUGGAGCUCGUGGAGAAGGAGUCAGUGAAGCUGCGGCAGAAGCAGGCCGAGCUGGACGAGGAGGAGAAGGAGAUCGACGCCAAGCUCAAGAACCUGGAGCAGGGUGUCCUGCGCAAGCCGGAUGGCCCUGGCAAGGAGGCCGCGCCUGCCAGCACGAGCGCGUGGGCGAGCAUCGUCGAAGAGUCAGUCGUGGCCGAGGCCACCAUUAGCAGCAGCAGCAGCAUCGUCGGCUGUAGUGUAGGUGGCGGUGGUGCCGCCAGCUCUGUGAGGCUAGACGGACCCAAGACAACUCAACAACAGCUGCAGCAGCAACAACAACAGCAGCAUUCGAGCUAUACACUAACGAGUGCCCAUUUCACGCAGCCGUCGGCUUUUAUUCCGUACCAACAGCCCACCUCCCACGUGCCUCCGACACUGUACCCACAGCAGCCGGGCUACCAGCAGCUGAGCUACCAGCAGGUUGGGCAGUACCAGCCGCAGCCGCCGCAGAUGCACGGGCAGACCGCCUUCUAUGGGCAAAGCGGCGUCGGCAUGCCGGCUUACCAGGGCGUCGUCGCUGGCGGCGUGGGGUACUCGACGUUGCCGCACGCCUACCCGCAGCCGUUUGCGCAGCCGUACCAGGCGCAGCCGUGUGUGCAGUACCAACAGCAGCAGCAGCAGCCGGUGGCGGCGUACGUCCAGAGCCAGCCACCCGCUCAGGCACCCGCGGUUUACCCGGCAGCCGUGGCCGUGACCACGGCGCAGGCGCUGGCCGCACCGCUCGGCAAGCAUCCGACCAAGCAGACCAACUUGGCCGACCUGGAGCCCAAACUGAUGACCAACUACGAGGUGGUGCCAGGGCUGCCGCUGCUGGCGACGUCGGUGGCGGCGUCUUCGUCGUCGUCCGCGGCAGACCCCGCGGCGGGAGGAGGGGGCGGGCGCUACGAGCAGGCCGAGCUGAGGCUUCCGGGUGACGAGAAGGGAAGCCCCGCAUCCAACGUGUCGGCCGAGUCGUUCUACUCCGACCUAGAGCAGAGCAUCCCAAGGAACUACGUGAUGAUCGAUGACAUCAGCGAGCUGACGAAGGCCUCGGCGUCCGGUGCCAGUUUGCUCGCCGGGGGUGGCCGGGACGGAGGAACCUCCUCGCAGGUGAAGAGCGAGCGUCAGAAGUUCACGUAUGAGAAGCGGCGGGCGGACGCCGCCCCCGCUGCUUCUGAGCGGCAGAAGCUGCCGCAGCAGUCGUCGUCGCCAUCGCCGUACGACCACACGGUUGAUGCUCCGGCCGCCUCUUCCAUCUCCUCCCAGCUGUACUCUUACGACAAGGACGUGGAGCCUCUGUCGGGAGAUCCCUACGAGCAGCAGAAGUGUACGAAAAACCACCACCAUCAUCACCAACGGUCGAAGAACAAUGACGAUUACGGCCCGACGGCCUCCUCCUACGGCUACGACGAUAGCGACUACAAGCAGUCGGCUAGGCGCUCCGACAAGCACGGCUCGAGCCGCAACUCGUCGCACAAGCAGGUCUCACCAUCCUUCUCCUCGGCGGUCAUGUCCAAGCGCGGCAAACACAAGAAGCAGAGCGCCGAGCAGAAAAUGUCGACAUUUUCUCCCAUCGAGGAGUCCAACGAUGGGGAGGCCGACUACGCCUACUACGGCGGUGGUGGCGGUGGCGGCGGCGGCGGCAGUGGCGUGUCGUCGGGCUCCAGGGGCUCGGUGUCUUCGCGUGCCCGCAAGCUGCAAGACGACAUCACCUAUGGCCUCAAGAAGAACAUCAGCGAUCAGCAGAAGUACGGCGGCGUCUCCUCCUCGCGCAGCAGGAGCCACGGCGACCCCGACAAGUACUACGGCGGCGAGGGCCGCUCGCAGCACUCGUCGCACGCCGCCGAGCCGUACUCCUCGUACGCCCCCCCGCAGGGGCCCAAGCCGUCGUGCAAGGGUGGCAACCGGGGCUACGGUGGCAAGUACGAGUCGGACGACGGGCCCUAUGCGCCGUACGGCGGCGCGGGCGUCGGUGGCGGCGGGCCAUCGCGGUCGCGCUACUCGGACGCGCCUCACGUGUCAUCGUCCCACUCGCGCUCCAAGUCGGGCGGCGUGGGCAAGGGCCGCUCGUGCGGGCCGGCCCAGACCUCGGAGGAGGAGGUGGUGGUGCGCAAGCCGUCGCGCGCCGCGGGGCCGCCGUACGCCCCGCCGUCGGUGGCGGCUGCCGUGGCGCGAGAUUCGUUCGGGUCGAGCCACUCGCUGCCCGAGGUGCAGAGGCACGGCAAGCCCGAGGCGCGGCCCCAGCGCGGCUACGAGCGCGACGCCGUCUUUAUGCCUGACGACGCGCAGCACGCCAUGUCCGACAGUGAAGAGUGGCAUUUGCCUUUCGAAGCAUACCACCUGCGGGGCGAGGAAACGGACUGGUUCGAGAAGCCCCCGGAGGUGGCCCAUCAAGAGCCAGUGGCGGCCGCCCUCCCUAAGCCACAGACGAGCGAUAAACCCAUCAAAGUUGGCCAUGAAUCAAAGGCGCCUCCCGCUAGCAGCGUUGCCAAGAUGGCCGUGACCCCCCAGCCCAUCCCGACCCCUCAGCCCGUCCCGGCCCCACAGCCGAUGCAGCCCCCACAUCAAGAGGCUCCCCGUAACCGGCCCAUAAUCCAGCCCGUGCCCAAGAUGACCACAGUGACAGGCAACGGUAUAGGAGCCAAGGCGGCACCGCCCGCCAUGGGUAAGGACGGUGGCACCGCCAAGGAUCCAGAAAUCGGAGCCUACAUCAAUAAGAUCAUCCCAGGGCGCGGCGGCGGAGCAGGCUGGCAAGCUGGGCGACGCUGUGUCCGCCUUUGGCCGCAAAUUUGCAUCCCUGUGGUGAUGGCAUCGCAGGUGAACACUGCGAAUGCAAGAGUAUGUGCAUAUCAGUGGAUUAUUUUACUUCGGACCACCUGAAACAAUGGAAAACCCGUGAAGAAAUGCAACCCUUAGCUUGGCGUCUCAACACACACACACCCAGCUGCUGCAUAUGCAAGGCCAUCUGAGCACACGCACGCACGCUCACACGCACGCUCGCUCACACGCACGCUCGCUCACACGCACGCUCGCUCACACGCACGCUCGCUCACACGCACGCUCGCUCACACGCACGCUCACACACACGCUCGCUCACACGCUCGCUCACACGCUCGCUCACCCUGUGGAGACCCUGGGAGCAACGCAAGAGUGGAAACCCAGCACGUGACUUCACCUGCAGCCAGCAAAGUUUAAAGAACACGGAGCCACUUUGCCGCUCGAAACUGGUUCAGUGAGACCGGGGUUCAGACUGUUGCCCGUGAACACUCGCGCAGACUUGUGGUGCCAUGCCAGCCAAUCAAAGGACGGCAGCACGAUUACACGUUGUGGAAUGGCUGAAAUACGCAAGUCUUCUGGUGACCUCAUGGGGAAUGGAUCUGUCCCUCGAUCUCAUGGAACGAAGCCUUUAAACCUGCAUCAUCAGCUGUGGCCUACUUACUGCUGGAUGAAGGCAUCUCCACAAUAACGCCACAGUUCUAAAAUGCCACAAGCUAUCUCUAGUGUGCACACAAACUGACCGAAUUGCUUAAUCUGCACCGUGACACAUCUUUUGGCUCCCAUUUCAUGACCAGUCUCAUUCAUCAGUCAGCAUCUAUUCUUGUGGUGCGUCUUGCCCAAAUCCACAUUCCUUAACAGUCCAUACAACACAUGUAAUUCGUGUUUGUUCCUCUCCACGUAUCUCAGUGUAAUUCACAACAUACAUCUCUUCAUGCUUUCUUUGUGCACAAUUCAACAUUUGUUCCAUUUUCUUAGUAAUUUUCCAUAUUUCGGAUCCAUAUAUCAUUUUAGGUAAUAUGCACUGAUUGGCAACUAUUCAUUUAAACACAUUUGCACUUUGCUUUUCAUUGACAAACUCAGUUCAUUGACAAACUCAGUUCAUUGACAAACUCAGUUCAUUGACAAACUCAGUUCUCCAAAGUGCUGCGUCCUGCUCACAUUCUUCUUUAGUCCAUCACCCAUCGUUGGCAACGUGUCCUCGACUUUAAAAAAAGUCCACAAUAUUCGUCCUUGCGAAAUCUCAAGAUGUUUUGCCUUCGACUUUCUUUCGCAAGCAAGAGCACACUUCUUACCAGCGCCAUUUCCCAAGCCUCUCUUCCCCACUUGUACGAUUUUCAAUGUUCAGCGUCCACGCAUCUCAAAAUAUCUCCUGCAUGAUUUAUCGUCGUUUUGGAGCGUACCUUACGUAACAUAUCGCGAUCCAUUUUCUUUCUACAUUCUGCCCUCUGGCUCGCCUCUUUUGCCUCAAAUCAAUUUCAUCCAAAGCUCUACGCUUCACUCCCCACGACAGGCCAACAACGGCCCAUCACGCAGCAGAACCUUGCUUCAUGAAGUUAUACGUACAAAAGGUGGUCACUUAUCACGUGCGGACAUUGCAGAUAUUAAUAAUAAUCAUUUACAUGUUAUAUUAUAAUAAUAUUAUAGCGAGCAAGGGCACAUCUACAAUUAUAAUAUAAUUAUUACUCUUAACACCAAUUUUACCCAGGAAAGCGUGGCUAGGUGAGGUGCUGUAUACUGGUACGGAUGCUGCUGUGGUGUUGUCCAGGGAGUGGUUGAAACCGGCCAGGCUGGGUUCUUAACCCCCCCACCCCCACUGCGUCUGUGCACCCCCAGCACUCUGAGUAAAGUGACGGAGAGUCGUGCGUGGUGGGGUAUAUCGCGGGCACUCUCGCCCCUGGUGCAUGUGCAAGAACAGGGAACACGCACGCCACUGCACCUCUGGGCGGUGGUAGAGAUGGGGCGAGGUCAUGGCAUUGCAGGGCUGCACCUUUGCCUUUUGCUGGAAUGCGGGUAAGCGCCACUGAUCAGAAUCUGUUUACCCCUCCAGAUACGGGGGAUGUGAGAUGUACAGAUUUAUAACCCACGGGAGUGGAUGACCACCUACUUAACAUCAAGCCUGGCGAGGUAGCGCACGCUUUGGGAGGUGGGAUUUGUGGAUCACACAGCGAUGGAUCGUGGUGUGCUCCCACUGUCCAACACAUGGCAGUGUGCAAGGUGGCCGGAAGAUGUCAGGACAGCAAAUGGGUUCCUGACUUAAACUUGCCGUGUGGGUCUUCUCCAGGUACUCCAUCUACGACCCGUAAUCAAACACCGACACAUCCUGUGGACUCAGUGAGGCAUUCCUGGGUAAAAUACAUAGCGAUACAUUAUAAAGGCUACAGCUCCUCCGCCAAUUACCUCUACCAAUGAACAACAUAAAGAAUCCUUCAACAGAGCCAAGAUACAAAUCCACAUGGUACAUUGCGCAUGUGUGCAUGCGUGUGUGCAUGUGUGCGUGCGUGUGUGCAAACAGCAAUUGCCCCAACAGUCUGCUCGGCCGAUACGUGGAUCUUUGCUUGUUGUCUUAUCUUGUGUGUGCAGCAGCGACUGCCAGCCAGUGUCAGGGGAGUCACAGCGCCACACUUGUGGCUUUGCGAGGGCCUCUUCACACGGGCACACACGAGACAAGACAGCAAAGCAAAGAUCCCGCGCGUGCGCCGGUCGCUGUGGUGCGCCGUCGUCUCGAGACGCUGUGUGGUGACUUGCGUGGCCUCGCUUGCAAGCGUCGUUGCGGUGCGUGAAGAAUCCGAGAUCGUCGCGGGUUCGAGUAUCCGGCUUCGACGAGGGCUCCUUUCUUCGCAGGGUUUUCCAUUGAUGUGUAAUAAUGUACAUUAAUAUUAAGGUGCGGAAUAUCGCACUUGACUUGCGAUGAUGAUUUUGCGCGCUUGACUCUUUGCCCCAGGGUUGACUUGGCACAUCACCGCUCCGGGCUAUGUACAAUGAGCACAGCUUUUCAGAACGUUAUUCGCGAUCUCGUCCGACGUUGCAAGUGGCUCUGUCAUAGGAAUGUGAAAUGUUGACGGCUGGUGGAGAUUAGUGCCACCCUCGCCCAGUGCUCGCUGGAGCAGGGAGACUCUACUCGUGUGCCGUGCGUGCCAGUUCGCUUUGCAUUUCGAAAUGAGGAUGGAGGUGCGAUUUGUGUAUUUUGUGUUUGUGUUCAAUAUUGUGUCAAUUGAAGAUGCCUAAAUGUGCAAUAUUGUUUUGCCAAUUUUUUAGUUUUAAUUUUCACGCAAAGUAUGAAACAUUUGAUUGCAAUAUUGACGCGUGUGUGUGCGUGUGCUUAAUGAGAAGCAGUGGUGGAGUAUUUAGCACAUUGCGUGUCUGAAAACUGGCCCAGGUCUCUCCAAGUUUAACUCAGCCCAAAAUGAGCACCUGGUGUGGUGGUGUGCCAACAUCUGCACAGAGGGAUACAAAGGCGGUCAGGCGUGGGCAGCGCUGCACACACCAAUCCCUUCGUUUGCCAUGCCGAUCACAAUAGGGACUUACUAACGGCGCUUACGCCUGUAGUCUGUAAGUGAAGCAUCGUCGCACAUGUGAAGUCGGCGAAGAAGCUAGGCAAGAGAAUAACGCAUUAUAGGUGUGCACAGAUGUACUCAAUACCGUGCCUCUUUUAUAUUUAAAGCUGGGUAGGUGGUACAGCGGUUUGAUUACACGACUCACCAAGGUAAGGUGAUCCAUCAACUCCUCGGUGGUCAAUGACUGCAAAACACAGCUACCACUUUGUAUUAACUCAGCAGUGGUUAUCCUAUGGAUAUACUGACCGUGACAUAGGAAUAUGGAAUUUCCAUCAUCGGACUAAGGCUGGAGAUGGGAAUGAGGGAGGGCAGUCUCUUCCUCGCUUAAGGAAGGAAACACUUAACUAUUUUAUAUAAAAAAAUGUAAAGUUAUAUUUAGCGUGACUAAUUUAUUUAAAAUUUAAUUUAUUUGUCUGAAACCCUCUUGGCUGUUAUUUGAUAUGUAUAAUAAUAGACUAAUAUACUUAUAUGUACAUUUGUGUUCAAUACAAAACCCUCCAUGCUCAUUUAGAAUAAACACUGCAUUGCUUGAAUGGACUAAUGUAUUGUACGUAAUUAAAGUGACUUUAGAAAGGAAAUGAAUCGGAGCUUCAGCCGUUGUCACUCGGCUUCUCAAACAAAAUGAUUUGUAGGGAUCGCAUUGAGGCUCAAGGCGCAGGAAUUACACGGUUUGCUACGGACGUGUGUGGAUGUGUGGACACGUCUGUGUGUGUGUUAACUUUGCGUCACUCUUGCAGGAACUCGGCUCAUUACUGCCGAUGGAUUAGCGCGGUUGGCUACGUACGGUGCGAAAGGAGUGCAACAUACAUACAUAGAUGCAAAUCGGAAAUGUGUUUCACCUGCACUCAUUUGAAACUCGCCCAUCGUGGUGGAUAAUGACACGAAAUUAAAUUGAGGCUCGCUGACCGACUUGCUCAAUAGAGUGUGGUGCAGCAGAUCUCAACUAUGUUGGUACAUUCUAAACCAAUGUUUUCAUUUCACAUUUCUGUGGCAGGGCCCACAGAAAUGUGGAGUUUGUUCGUCCAUACUGGUUUAUUUUUGUUGUUCCUACUGGUUUAUUUUUUUGUUACUACUGUUUUUUUGUUGUUCCUACUGGUUUCUCCCCCCCCCCCCCCCACAAGAGAUGAGCAACUACCCUUUGCUCAAUUGAGCACUUAAGUAUAUAGCACGUGUACUUUUGCAUGCGUUUUGAAUUGUUUGACACUUCAAAUGUUAUUCAGCCCACACAUCAACAUUCAUUCUAAACGUUUCGACCAAAAGAACAAGGUAUGAUCGUGCAUAGUUUGUUCCAGUGAUGCAAAACUCCGUUUACAUGGCAAUGAAUGGGCUUGAAUGAGUCAACUUGACAAUGCCCUUCGGGCGAAUUGUUACAUUAAAGGGCAAUGAUAAUUCGCUUAGCAAAAGCCAACAUUAGUCCAGGCGGCGUUGUACUUUCUCUUUCAAAAUGCCUUUGUAAAGAAUCUGACAUGUCUACUCUGGCUACAGUUGAAUCGCUAAUACUCAGUGAUGCGCGAGGUUGUGUAACACGGAUUUGAUUUAUCGUUUUAAAUAAUUUUGCCUUAUUUAUGGUGGCAUCAUGGUCAGCCAUCCAAUGCGCCUGCGUUUGUUAAUAUCCCCCGAUGCUUGUGUUAAUUUGUUCCCGCAAGGGGUUAUGAAUGUGUGCGUGUCCAGCGAAUGUGGUGAGCCUCUUACAACGGAGCUCCCACGUGAUGAGGGCAUCGACGCAGGGGUGGUGGUGGUGGUGGUGUAAAUAGUUAACCCUUUCGUGUUACCAACGUCUCGUUCCCAACCGUGAUGGAUGGAUGACAGCUUGCGAAUGUGCAUAAGGAGCCGUGAGCGAUCGAGCCAGUGAGCCAUCAGAGCUUCCAGAUAAUAUGCAAAACGUAGGACCGUAACAGUCUAUGCACAGCAAUGGCAACAAUCUCGUGGGGAAAAUUCCCAUGAAACAUGGAAUCUGUCACUACUAUAGUAUCACAUAAUAGCUGGCCUGGAAAGAACAUUGUAAGAAAUGCUGUCUUGCCCAUCAGGGCUUUACUAUUUGCUUGGGAUGAUUGCUUAUUUAAUUGUGACGUCCUCUUGUGUUGGUUUAUGUUGAACGACCGAUGCCAUCGUGGGCAAUGGAAUUCCAUUUAGGAAAUAUUUCAUGAGCUACUCUUUGUGAUUCCCCUCCCAACAAUGUCACGUGUUGUUUCAUUGCCGCCAAUCAAACAACACACGCUGUUUGAGCGACACGGUAAUUGCUUGCGGGCUUAGUGUUGUUCCGACUUCUGCUCUGCGUUAACAGUUAAAUUGUACAUACUAGAGGUUUUUGGGUUAUUAAUUUACGCGAUUUAACCCCAAAACCUCUAUUAUGGAUGAUAUUGGUCGCAAAAGCCUAUGAGUUCAAUGGUAUCGGUACAAUCCACAGGUCAUACGUUUCAGGUCACAUGCGAGAAAAUGCGUAUUUCCCGCAAGAAUGUAUAUAUAUAUAUAAACAUUUAAACCACAGCUAGCUUGUAGGUCGUUAAGAAGUUGUGCUUAACUUUGAAGAAACCCAUCAGCCAUUAACAUGUUUUACAAUGAGCCACAUUUCAACUGACAGCGUUGGGUGAUUUCAAUCUUCGCAUCGAUUUGAAAAAGUAUAAGGUCGAACGUUUGUGCAGCUCAAAUAGUGGAGAAGUCACGAAUCAGUGUCAUUGAUUUACACAGAACCAUGUUGUCAAUGUCGGUGUAUGAACACAUCGCAGCAUCGAAGUGAUUAGUGGAGCCAACCAAAAAAAAAUAAUUACUCUUUAAAAAAAAAGCACAUUUCUAAGGGAAGAGAGUGGCAACGAUUCGAAAGAUUGUUGCCACAACGCCCCUCAGUUGCCCUGCUAUAUGAAUGAAGUAGCAGCAUCUUUGGAGAAUAGUGCUGUGACGUGACUGUUAAACCUGUUAAUCUACUACUAAGACGCACUUGCCAUGUACAUCGUGUAAAUAACGAUAGUGUGUGUGUACAUAACGGGUGGGAGUUGAUAUUUCUCAACAACAACAAAACCCCAAUACGAGCAUUCCACAGAAGAUCACGUGCAUGUGCGUCUGUCUGCCUGGUGUUCCUGUAAAUAUCCCCCCUUGAAUGUCACAAUGCAUUGGAGUGCAGGAGAGGUCACGAGAUUCUUCUCCGCUGUGUCCCCCCCCCCCCCAUUGCUUUGGAGUCCAAUGUUGUGUCUCGAACGUGUCGCCAUGUCCCUUAAAUGUCCGUGAGUGCUGUCGAGUUUGGGGAAAUCCGUACAUGCGUCUGCAGUCCUGCCUAAAGCAUGGAAGGCUUUGCAUUUCCAGCGAGAAUAUUUACCGUUGUUGUUAAAUGCUUUAAAAAGCUUUCGCUGAGACCAG